UCAAAAGAUUCCAGUUGUUGUUUAGGUGUGCGAUAAACAGCGGUGUGAUAAACAAUAGCACAGUUUCCACAUUAGUCUAGUAAAUGUUUCGGAUCCAUUCUGACUUAUCCCUAUAGCAGAGACAAACAGUCGUGAUUUCGGUGUAAAUUACGUUACGUAAAUCUGAGCUGUUGGCGGUAGUCUAUCAGAAGAACUAACCUAUCAAGCCUCAAAUCACAUAAGACAUGGCUCGCUAACCCGCUCGCUAAUAAUGCAUUAUGAUGAUUCUGUUAUCAUGAAUAUUCCUGGCAACUCCAAGGCUAAGUAGCAAAUAUUGUAGUUUGACAGUUAUCUCUAAUUGCAUCUCCGAUCUGUUCGACAUAACUAAGCUAUUGGCAUAAUGUCUGCCCAGAAAGAUUGUGAGUUUCUUGUGAAAAGGGCUAGAGAACUUGUCUCCGAUGACCCAUGUGCAGCCAAGGCUUGGCUCAUAACGGCGAGAACGCUUUACCCCACUGACUUCAAAAUACAGUAUGAAAUGUACACUAUUGAGCGGAAUGCGGAGAAGACUGCUUCAGCAGGCAGACUGUUGUAUGACAUGUUUAUCAACUUUCCUGACCAGCCCAUUGUCUGGCGUGAGAUUGGUGUCAUCACUGCAGCUUUAAGGAGCGAUUGUCAGGACAAACAUGCACAGUUCCUACGAGGUCUGUUUGAAACCCUCCCGGGUCACGUGCAGUGUGACAUGCUCUUAAAGGCCACUGAGCAGUGUUUAAACACCCUGGAAAAGGCAGAGAUGUUGCUGCUCCUGCUGAAGCGUUUUCCAGACUCUGUGGUCCAGCACGGGGUCAAUCUGGGAGAGUCCCUACUGGAGGCGGAGACCUCGGAGAACCUGGAGACACCGGUCAACUGCUUCCGGAAGCUGUUUGUGUGUGACGUCCUCCCUCUGAUCCUGAACAACGUGGACAUGCGCCUGCCCGCCAGCCUGCUGCACAAGUACAUGCUGAAGGCGUCCGAGUUCUACGUCAGCUACGUCACCAGAGGGCCCGCAGCCGAGGGGUCGACUCAGGGUAAAACCCUACCAGGUUCCCAAGAGGGCGGGGUUCUAAAGUCCCCCGGGAUGUCUCGCGGCCCCCAGCGCUGCGUGAUCGAGGGCCUGUCGGAGAAGUCGUCCAUGGUGUCCGAGCCCUGGGAGAGGCUGCUGGACAUCCUGGCUGUGGUGGGGGCGCGCUGCGACUGGCAGGGGGACAAGCCGGGCCAGAGGGGCUACGUGGAGCUGCUGCAGCGCGUCAAGGAGCUGUGUCGCUACCUGUCCAGUCUGGAGGGGGAGACCAGGGCCCGCUGCUGUAGUCAGGCGGUCGUCUGCGCUGCCCUGGUCCUCUUCCGCAGCGCAUACCUCUACGUCUCGGCAGUGCAGCCCGCUCUAUUCCCAGGUGUGAAUGCGCUGAGCUCUGGUCCCUGGAUCCUCCUGGAGGACCUGAGUUGUGUGUACAGCGACGUGGAGUUGGAGAAAGGGGCCAACAAGCACAGCCACAAGAAACGCAAGCUGGCUGACGGCCGUGAGAAGACCAUGAGCUCCGACGACGAGGAAGGCUUGGGAAAGGGGCGGGGCCGCCACGUGGUGGUCAACAAGACGGAGAUGCCGGGGUGGGCGGAGACUCUGGAGAGCUUCCGCAUGGCGAGGGAGAGCUGGGACCUCGUCCACUCCAACGACAGUUUGGAGACAGAAUUCAACAAGAUCUGUUCUUCCUGGAAGACGGACAGCUGGCUGUGGUUCCGGAUCUUCCUCACAGAUAUGAUCAUGUACCAGGGCCAGUACCGUAAGGCCCUAUCCAGCCUGCAGCAGAUGUCCGUGUUCCAGCCUCCUCAGGCUGGCCAGAGCCCCUCAGCCCAGGGCAGUCUGGAGCAGCACAGAGCCCUCAUCCAACAGGCCUCCUGCCACUACGCACUGGGAGAGCACAGGUUGGCUUGUGAGAAGCUGCUUGAUGUCAUCAAUGGGCUAGUUCCCCAGAACCAGGACCCAGCAAAGAGCCCUGAAGACCUGGGCAAGACCAAGAGCAAGCCCAGGAAAGGCAACGACCUGAGGUUGCUGCCCUGUACAAGCAAAGCCAUCUUGCCCUUUUGUCUGCAACUAAUGCUGGCUUGUUUCAAGCUGCGCGCCUUCACAGACAACCGAGAUGACCUGGCCCUGGGUCAUGUGGUGGUGCUGCUGCAACAUGAUUGGCCGCAGGGCGAGGCCCUCUUCCUGAAGGCAGUGGAGAAGAUCUGCCAGCAAGGUGGCCUGCAGUAUGAGAACUUCUUCAACUACGUCACCAACAUCGACAUGCUGGAGGAGUUUGCCUACCUGCGCACUCCAGAAGGGGGGAGGAUCCAGCUCGAGCUCUUGCCCAAUCAGGGAAUGCUCAUCAAACACCACACGGUGACACGGGGCAUCACCAAGGGGGUGAAGGAGGACUUCCGUCUGGCCAUGGAGAGGCAGGUGUCGCGCUGCGGCGAGAACCUCUACACCGUGCUCCACCGCUUCUGCAUCAACGAAAAGAUCAUCAUCAUCCAGUCCCUGCCCUGACCCCUGACCCCCACCCUCUCUGACCCCUGAACAUCCCAGGGUGACCUUUUGGACCGUGGGGAUUUGACAAUGCAGCCGGUGGAUGUUGUGUCUACAGAGGUUACCCCCCCUGACAUGUUUGGACGAUGUCUUCUACCAGGGAACUAUCCUUACUUGGCAUCAGACGACACCGCUGAAACUUAGUGGCCUCUGGGACUGUGACCAAGCACACAUACACACGACGAUGACAAUAGGAUGGAGUCAUUUCUAUCUUUAUCUUCUAUGCCUUAAGAUUUGACAUGUGCUAGAGGGUUACAGGAUUAAAUCCAGAGUGUACAGGAUUAUACAGGGUUUUGAUAG